AUGCCAGUAACAAGUUUAACUGAAACCAUUCCAAAUAAAUCAAAUGUAUUUCUUUCAACAGAAAAACUUCUUCUUGAAGUUCCACAAGGUUUAUAUCAUACAAUGGCGAUUCUUAUUUUAAUUCUAUGGUAUAUUUCAUCUGGUGCAACAUUAUUUUCAAAUAAAUAUAUUCUAAGUCAUUUGGAUGGUGAUGCUUUUUUAUUAGGUACAAGUCAACUUGUUGUAUCUGUAAUUAGUGGUUAUAUUCAAAUGCGAAUUAUACAUAUGAUGAAUAAUGAAAUACAUAGACCUCCACCAAUUAUGAAAAAUGUAUAUCGUGAUAUGCUACUUAUUGGUGCAUUUCGAUGUGUGACUGUGAUUUUAGGUUUAAUUGCAUUGAAAUAUAUAGCUGUAUCAUUUCUUGCAACAAUUAAAUCUUCAUCGCCAUUAUUUACUGUUGUUAUUAGUCGAAUUAUGCUUGGAGAAAGAACAAGUAAUUGGACAAAAUUGUCAAUGAUACCAAUAACAAUUGGCCUUUGUUUAUGUAGUUCAUUUGAAUUAAGUUUUGAACUUUUUGGAUUUUUAUGUGCAUUAGGUACUAAUAUAUUUGAUUGUUUACAAAAUGUUUUUUCGAAACUUUUAAUUAGCGGUGAAAAUCAUCGUUAUACAGCUGUUGAAUUACAAUUUUGGGCAAGCUUUGUAGCUUGUAUUUUUCAAUUGCCUUUACUUUAUUAUUAUUCUGUUGCUGCAUUUGCUCUCAUGGCUUAUAUAUCUCCAAUAACACACAGUGUUGUAAAUACGGUUAAACGAGCAUUAUUAAUAUGGUUAUCUGUUAUUAUUUUCAAUAAUCCCAUAACAUUUUUAAGUGGUAUUGGAACAUUAAUGGUUAUUACUGGUGUUAUUCUAUAUAAUGAUCAGAGAGAUGGAGAUAAAAAACCCGGAAUUUUAAAUGUGAAUACUGCUACAUUGAUUACAUGGAGAGAUGUUUAA